AUGAUCCCGCGAUCCUUUCUGCGCGUACGAACGCUGUUGGCAGCCCUGACACUCGCUGCAUUCCUUACCUGGGCAAUAUUGGGCCAGUUCAAAGCCUACAUCCCCAAUCUUUCUUCUCAGGCCAUCACCACAGACCUGACACCCUCACAUCGCAAAUUCUGGCGGGAAUUCCACGCACUGCUAGCGAAAUAUGCGCCGGACACAGACCCUAUCGUUGAAUAUGAGAAGGCAUCCACAGAAGGCUUCAAUGCCCACAAUCCCCCACCGCGCCCAGAUAUCUUUGACGUUCCGGAGGAAGACGUUAUCACCAUCAAAGAAGCGCAUGCCGGAUUUGUUAAUGUAAUCACCGACUCCUCACCCGAGCUCCCCUACCUCCCCGGCACAAAGGGCGUAGUAUCAACAGCAGGGGGCACCUACCUCCCAGUGCUAGUGAUAUCCCUCCGCAUGCUCCGCCGAACCGGCUCCACACUCCCGAUGGAAGUAUUCCUCUCCGAUGAAGAAGAGUACGAAGGCUACAUAUGCGAUAUAGUCCUACCAUCUCUGAACGCACGAUGCAUAGUUCUAUCUCGAAUUCUCAUCUCCGCUCCAGCCCGAAUCCAGAAAUACCAAUUCAAGCCUUUCGCAAUGCUCUUCUCAUCCUUCGAGGAGAUCCUCUUCCUAGACGCAGACGCCUUCCCCCUCGAGAAACCAGAACAUCUAUUCACGGCUGAGCCCUUCCUCUCACAGGGAAUGGUCACCUGGCCCGACUUUUGGGCCUCCUCUAUCUCCCCACUCUUCUACGAAAUCGCAAAUUACCCACCCCCGCCAAUGGACCUACGCCAAUCAACAGAAUCAGGCGAAGUCCUCCUCUCCAAAAAGUCACAUCUCCGCUCCCUCCUCUUAACAACUUACUACAAUUACCACGGCCCCUCCCACUACUAUCCCCUCCUUUCACAAGGGGCCGCCGGCGAAGGUGACAAGGAGACCUUCAUCGCAGCUGCAACCGCCAUACGCGAAUCUUUCCACCAAGUCAGCGAGCCUAUCUGCGCCCUCGGCCACGAAACCCGCGGCGGUAUAGCCGGAUCCGCAAUGGCGCAGUUCGAUCCCGUACAGGACUUUGCACUGACUAGUCGUGGGAUAUGGCGUGUCAGAGGCGAUCACGCACCCACGCCAGGAGUUUUCUUCAUCCACGCCAACUUCCCCAAGUUCAAUCCUGCUACGAUCUUCGAGCUCCAUGAGGUUAAUCCUGCGUUUACGGAUGAUGGUGAUUAUACGCGGGCCUGGACGUUGCCGGUGGAUGUUGUACGCGGGUUUAAUAGCAGAGUUGAUGUUGAGAAGGGGUUUUGGGAAGAGAUUCGAUGGACGGCUUGUGAGCUUGAGGAUAAAUUCCAGAGUUGGGUUAAGUAUGAGGGGAUUUGUGAUGCGAUGAAGGAGAGCAGCAAUACUAUAGGGCAAGGAGAUAGUACUAUUCUAAAAAUGGUUCGAAGACAGUGCUCCCCCAUUGACUUCUACUUCCUUUCAUCUGCAUUUCAUGUAUCUAGUUAA